AUGGAUCGUUGGUCGGGCGUUUUGAAGAUUCCGUUGGAUGCUAGUACUAUCAACUACUACAGAGUUGCAGCAUCUCUUUGCCUUUCUUCUUCUUCUUCCAAAACCGUAACUCAACUGCCUUCUGCAAAUGCAAUAUUCUUUCAUGGGGAUAGAGUUCGAGAGACUGGGAAUCAUGCGAUUGAGAGGGUUUAUGAUUUGCAGAAAGUAGCUGAGAUUAUAGUUUCUAAAUUUGGAAACUCUGUUAAUGCUUGGGUUGUUGAAGCUUCUUUGUAUAAUGGACCUUUUGCGGUUUACAAGGACUUUGUUCCAUCAGUGAAUCAAUGGGGAGAACCAAAAUCAUAUUCCUCUAUUGGCUUCCCAGCUUCUUCAUCGAUUUUAUCCCUUUUAUCCAGUUUCCUUAAGGAGGCAAAGAGUCUCAUUUUGAAGGAAGGUAAAGAAGUGUGUUUGAUACAUCACUGUCCCAGAACAGUUGUUCUUGGGUUUAGCAAGGGUGGAGUUGUGAUGAACCAGCUUCUGAGUGAGAUCAGUUCUUUGGAUACAAACUUUGCGGAAACUUCAUGUGGAAUUGAAGAGCCUACGAGCCAACAUGAAAAGAUUCAGAUCAUACCAGCCUCAAUAGAAAACUUCCUGAACAGUAUUUCUGAAGUUCAUUAUAUCGAUGUAGGAUUGAACUCUUCUGGUGCCUACAUCACUGAUCACAGUGUCGUGCAGAGAAUCUCACAGCGGAUUGCACGAGGAGCCAACUCGGUACGCAUUUUCAUUCAUGGGACUCCCAGGCAGUGGUGUGACGAGCAGCGUGGCUGGAUUCUCAGAGAAAAAGAUGAGCUGGUUCGCUUGCUCAAAUCCGGAGCUGAAAAUUCCGGUGGGAAACUACAAGUCCAUGAAAGGUUCUAUUUUGCUGACAGGCUUCCGGAUAUGCAAAUGCACUUUGAGAUAAUUGACGCUAUGGAUGUCUCGUCAGCAUGA